AUGGUCGGAGUCACUGUUCACGAUGGAGAAUACCACUUGGGUUCUCGGAUGCCUCUGAUGGCUAGAGAUGCCAGCGCACCGGCGCCGCCGAUUUCUGCCGGUGGCCCUGGUUUCUUCAAGCGGCUCGUAGCCCGCCAGUCUUCGGACGAGUGCGUCAAUGGCCAACCCUCGAAUCUUUGCGAGAAGCCUGUGACCAGCCAAACCCUUGCCCUUCCCAUAGCACUGGGAGUCACGAUUCCGUUGGUUGCACUGGUAGUUAUGCUCGUCUGGUUGCACCGCAAGAAUGUUCGCAGGCAGAGGCAAGAGGAUGCUAAUGACCCGCACAAGUCCCUCGAUUUUGGCCUGGACAUGGCCCCGGGCAAGCGCAAGAGCAAGCUUUUUGGAGGAGAGAAACUUGGCGGCGGCCCUCACAACCGACAGAUCUCGAUGGACAUGAACCUUUCGAGCCCGUACCUUCUGCCUCCCAACAUGCAGAACUCCCGCGAGUCGAUUCAUUCUUUGGCCAAGACUCUGCACAACGAGGAUCCUUACCGUCACAUCACCCAGUACAACGCGAGCGAUGCCGGAUCUCUACGUUCCUACAAGGCCGGCGGUAUGGAUCGCCCUGCAGGCCCCAAAAUCACUGUUCCUACCUCCCGCAAGGGCUCGCUCCAGCCAACCUCGCCGACAUCGACGAUUGGGUCUGUGCCCCCGCGUUACGAAGCAUCUCAAGACGAUUAUGUCAAGCCUCCUCCACCAGCAGCUCUAAAAUCCCCGACACCGGUUGAUUCCACCCCCUACCCUGACGACAAGUCUGGACCACUCGCCACGGCUAUGCCCUCCGUCCCCGAGAUCCAGGAACCGAAACCUGCUUCGUUGCCUAAAGAAUCAUCGCAAGCCCCCAGCCUUGCGGCCGUUCCUCCUUCCUCACCUCUGGCAAUCUCAGCUCAAGAGAGCUCCGGCCCUUGCAGCGACAACUACAAGGCGUUCAACUUUGCUCAGGACCCGGCCUAUAGCCCUCCGACGCAACCACUGCCGCAGCUCCCCACCAUCAACACCGAGCUGGCUGCUCCCGCCCCACUGAACCUCGACCGUCAACCAAUGACCGCACCCAUUAUUGGCGAGGGUGAAUAUGCCGACAACCUUGACCAAGUUGAGGAGCGUGGAAGGUCACAGCAUCGCCGCCAAUCGUCCGAGUAUCCCCCAGAGCCUUCGCUGGCCAGCCUAGGCCUGCCACAGCAAGACAACAAGCGCCUUUCAGUUGGUUUCCAGGACAACAAGAGGCACUCAGUCGGCUUCCGCCCGUUGCCUCCUAGCGAAGUGACCGAGUCCGAGGACCCUGAGACCAGGGCCAAUCGUAUCCGAUCAUUUUACAAGGAGUACUUCGACGACAGCAAGAACGCAGACCCGAUGCCCCCGCUGCAAGAGGGAUACAACUACCACCCAGGCAGCGGUCAGCGGAAUAACCAGGGCGCCCAGUACUACGAGGACUAUGACCAGAGCUACCUCAACGACGCCGCUUACUAUGACCCCGACACCAACUCGUUCGUUAUGCCAUAUGCCCAGCCCGUCGCUCGUCGUGCCAUGACCCCCCCUCCAUCUGGAUCACGGUUCCCCGGACCCAGGGGCGGCCCUAGACGGCCCCAUGCUGGCUCUAUCGGUGGAAUGAGUCUGCCAGGUAACCGCGGACCCCCUCGCCGUCCCGGAUCCGCUGCUUCAAAUGGCCGAUGGGGUUCUGGCCCUAGACCUGGAUCAUCAGCAUCCAACCCACACAACCGCGGCAGGGCGGGAAGUGCCAUGUCUGCCUCGAGGAAGCCAAUGCCGCCACCUGCGGCUCUAACUACCCUUCCCAACCCCUCGAAGCUGCGAGAUGAUUCCUUUGCGAUCAUGGCUGCUGUUGACUUCGCACCGCCUUCUACCUUCAAGGAUCAGGCCGUCGGCCGAUCGCAGAGCCCUGCCGGAGGAGAGAGGCUUGCUUAUCAGGCACCUGCCGUUCAUUCUCCCUUGGUCUCUGCAUUUGACGAAAUGGCAGCCCUCCCAAGCCCUCACCUUUUGAGGAAAUCCAGCACAUUCACCGGUCUUGAUUUCGCACCUCCCAGGAAGUUCAAGGAUGCGGAUACGAUGAGCGACGCAGGCAGCAUCCGCAGCAACCGCAGUGGAAUCUCGGCCGUUCAGCUUGGUGCCAUUAGAAGCGGCGCUGGGCGUGUCAGCCGCCUGCCGGGCGAUCAAAUCUUCACCAAGGCUGCCAUGGACGAAACUCUAAAGCCAUCGUGGAAGAUGCGUGACUAA